AUGGGAGAAAGUAAGCUUCUUGGCCCUGAAUCAGUUCGGGGAGCAAAUGAAGCUAUUGCUUGGAUUAGAGCACGGAGGAUUGCAUCUCAAGAUCGACAGAAGAGUUAUGGAGAUCCCAAGAGAAGUUAUAUAGAGUUUUCAGUUGGUGAUUACGUCUUCCUUAUAGUAUCACCAAUGAAAGGAGUUAGAAGAUUCAAAAAGAAAAGGAAGUUAAAUCCCAGAUUUGUAGGCCUGUUUGAGAUUCUAGAAAGAAUUGGGCAAGUGGCUUAUCGAUUAGCAUUGCAACCAGCAUUGUUCGGAGUGCACAAUGUAUUUCACGCAUCUAUGUUGAGAAAAUACGUGUCAGAUUCGUCUCAUGUGCUUAGCUAUGAGACCUUGAGCUUAUAG